GUUUAUGUUUUCAUUUGUUGAUUAUUGUUUUCUAAUGUUUUUUUCCCAAUUUAGGAAAAAUCUGUUCUUGGUUCUUUGUUGAUUACCUUGUUUAUUCCAAUAUUUAAUUAAUUCUGUGUUGUUUUUCUGCGGUUGAUGAAACAUGGGGUUUUCUUGAUUCUGAUUCUGAUUCGGAUGCUGUGUUUUUGGGGUGCGAUUCAAUUGCGAGAAAUCUGGGUUGCCUGACUUUUGUUUUGCAACAGUAUUUGAUUUUAUUUAUGUUUUUUUUUUUUGGUUAAAAUAUCUAACUAAAGUGGAAGCCUAUUAUUGGUGCUAUUGUCUUGUUUUUUCUUGUUUGGUGCUAAGAUAGUGUCGGCAAGGGGAUUCAUAAUUGAUUUCUUGUAACCCUCAAAUGCUUCAUUUUGGAGUAUCUAUUUCCAUGUUUGGUUAUGAUGCUUGAUCUUGUUUCCUUUUGUCUUCUAGAACUUUUUCUUAUCCGUUUGCUAUUUGUCCUUUUGCUAAUUUUAUAGUCCAGUUUCGUUCUCUAAUUAAUUCUCCUAGUGCUUGAAGAGAACCCUUUUCGGUUAGUCAUUUGGAGUGUGGUUUGUAGUUUGAAAAUGCAAAGGUUAACUACAGUAGUUUUGCUAAACGAUCUUUUGAUGUUGUCUCAACAGUUCCAUUCGUGCUUGUUAGUUUAAGUUCGUUAAGGGAUAAAGCGGUGGAUGACUCUAUUUGAGACGACCAGUGUUGCCGGGCACUGUCAUUUGCAAUGAAAUGUGCAGAAGAACGGGCGAAUAAUGGCAGUGGCUGAAGCAAGGGCUGCUUGGCAGAGAACAGCUAACCGAUGCUUUGUCCAGGAAGAUGCCAAAAGAGCCCCGAAGUUGGCUUGUUGUCCGCCAACAUCACCCUCGGCGAAAGAAGUAGAUACGGGACCCGCAUCUGCUGCCAAUCCGCAAGAUGCUGAGAGAGCGUGUUUCCUCCCUUCUAAUUGGAACUCUUCGUAUUCAAAUCUAUCUCCUAACUCGAGAUGGUGGCUACAUCUUAAACCCAAUUAUGGAUAUCAAGGGGGUUUAGCUGGUGAACACCUCCUUUCGGUAGACGAGAUGCAAGGUUCUUCGACCUUUGGAAAUUCAACCUCCAAGCUUAGUGAAUAUGAGAUUGAAUAUGUUGACGAGUUUACGGUGGACAAAUCUUUACUCGAUUCUCAGGUUAAAAUGUCGGCUAGUGUUAAAAACGACCUCGGAAUAGGAGACAAAAAACUCGACACUGCAUUUGGUAGUGAUUCCCUAGAUGAUUGUCUUAGACUCGAGAGCAUCAAGAAUCCCACCGGUUUUAGAAUGACAGAAUCAUUUGAUUGCCCCGUCUCUAAACCGGCCAGCGAGCUUUCUUUCGAUUCAAGCUGUCCUUGGAGUAGUGAUAAGAAGUCUGAGCCAUGGUGGCGCACUGCAGAUACAGAGGAACUUGCUUUCUUGGUUGCACAGAGGUCUCAUGAUCUUAUCGAGAAUUGCGAUCUUCCCCAACCACAGACCACUAGCGCAAAAGGGGACCCGUGUGUUCGUCUGGGCUGGGUUGAUCAUAAACGAGCUAAUGCUUUGUUUCUGGAUCCUAAAGCCCGCUCUUCUGGACAGAAGAAUAUAAAUACCCGGACACAAAGAAACACUCUCGAGAAAAGUGUGUAUCAUAAACAGUGGGAAGAGCAUUUGCAGCUUGGUACCAACACGCCAUUGAGUGACUGCAACCAAAGACCUAUGCCCGAAACAAAUGCAAACGAUAACGAUUCCAACAAGGCUCAAAUCUUGGAAGCGCUCCGUCAUUCUCAAACUCGGGCAAGGCAGGCAGAGAUCGCAGCAAAGAAAGCCUCCGCAGAAAAGGAGCGUGUUGUCGAGCUCAUCUUCCGGCAAGCGUCGCAGCUUUUUGCCUACAAGCAAUGGUUCCAUCUUCUGCAACUCGAGAACCUCUACUUCCAGAUCAAGAACAACACGAGCCAGCCGAUAUCCGGAAUAUUUCCCGUAACGUUACCUUGGCUGCCUCAGAAAACAACGAAACAAAGGAAGAACUGGCACAAAUUUGCCAGAGGGAAACGGGAAAAGCGAGGCUGUCCUAAUAAGUACGAUUUCGGGAAGUAUGCACUAAUGUUUGCACUGGGUUUGAGUCUUGUUGGCGUGGGCGUGCUCCUCGGAUGGACUAUAGGGUGGAUGUUUCCGAGUUUCUGAGCUGCGUAUCGUGCAGGUAUUGUAUCGAAUUUUUGUGCUUUUAGUGGUGGUUGUGUAUAUAUUCAAUCAUGGGGGAGUUAGGAUACUAUAUAUCUCACCAUUUCUUUGGAUGUGUUGAUUCUAUAGGUGUUUAGCUUCUCUCUUUGGUUUCUCAGAUUUAGCUAUGCAAAUUUGCUUUGUAUUGCAUUACAAGAUCUGUGGUGACAGUUGUAUGUAUAUAUUUGUGACUCAAAUCUUAUGGAAUUUGUUCAAUUCUGACAUGAUUGCAAAUUUCCAAUGUUGGUCA